AUGAAGCUGAAAUUUCUGCCCAAGCCCAUAGGGACUAGGUCCCAUCUGGCCUGUAUCUUUGUAUCCAAGGAGGGGGGCUGCGACAAGGCAACUCCUCCCCCCCGUGCUCAUAUUGUACCAGGAACCCUUUCAUGCUAUCCAGUAAGCUAUUCCACCCAGAUAGUGAAGCAGCGCCUGGGCUCCUCCACCCAGUUAUCCCUGGCAGUCGACAGGUAUGCAUCAGGUGGCGCAGGCUUGGACUGGAGCAGCGGAGCCAAGCCAGGAGGAACUUACUGGGCCGAAACUGUAAUAUCCAGUGGGACAGCAAAUGGUACAGGAGCUGCGGAGGUCUGGAGGAAGCCAAGUCGGGAGCAGCCUGUAAAGGUAGACUCCCCCACUGCGGUGGUCCCAGGCCUCGCUUUCACGGACCGCCUAUGCUGUGAGGGGCUAAAAUGGGUGGAAGGUCGUGCCCGCGAGUGA